ACUUUUAUGCUAGGUCUGGAGUUCGAUACCGAGAGUAGGGUUUUUCUGUGUCUUUUUUUGUCCUUACCAUCUCCAAAACCUCACUGACCGUAGCAGGAAAAACCCUAAAACCCUUGAGUUUUAGUUAGCUAAAACAAUAAAUAAUCUAUCUUGAGAAGCCCAGAAAACUCACUUGUGUGAUAAUUCUGUAAGGCUUGCAAGAGAUGCAGCAAAGAGCUCAAGACAUAAUUUACACGAAGCAGCCUUACAUCGAGGAUGUCGGUCCACGGAGAAUUAAAAGCAUUCAAUUCUCGACGAUGUCUGGAUCGGAUAUUCUGAAAGCCUCUGAAUGCCAAGUCCAUUUAGGCCAAUACUAUGACGCCAAUAAAAAGGCAAUCGUCGGUGGUCUGUUGGAUACUCGCAUGGGAGCUCCAAAUAAACAUGGUACCUGUCAAACUUGUGGCGGAUCCUUCACAGACUGUCCAGGACACUUUGGAUACUUGAACCUUGUCUUGCCAGUUUAUAAUGUUGGGUAUUUAAGUACUAUUUUGGACAUUCUCAAGUGUAUUUGUAAGUCUUGUUCCCGUGUACUUGUUGAUGAGAAAUUACGCAAAAGUUAUUUGAAAAGGAUGAGAAAUCCUCGGACCGAGCCUCUGAAGAAGAAUGAACUUAUGAAGGAGAUUGUAAAGAAAUGCAGUAGCAUGGCAAGCAGUAAAGCAGUGAAGUGCUUGAGAUGCGGAUAUAUGAAUGGUAUGGUAAAGAAGGCUGGGUCUGUCGUGGGCAUCAUUCAUGAUCGUUCAAAACUGAUUGAUGGAUAUUUGGAAGAAUGUAAAUCUGCAAUUGGACACACAAGAGAGGCUAGGGCGCCUAUUGGUCUGGCUACUUAUAUUCUCAACCCUGUCAGAGUGCUGUCUCUUUUUCAAAGGAUGGUGGAAGAGGAUUGUGAAUUGCUUUACUUACAAGGUAGACCUGAGAAGCUCAUUAUAACAACCAUUGCUGUGCCACCUAUAUCUAUCCGACCUUCUGUUUUUACAGAAGGCUCCCAGAGCAAUGAAAAUGACAUUACGGAGCGGUUGAAACAAAUUAUUCAAUUCAAUGCGAAACUUCGUCUUGAGUUACUGGAAGGAAGAAGGACUGGGAUCAAAUAUCUGAUUGGAUGGGAUGAACUUCAAGCUGUAGUUACACUAUAUAUAAAUAGUGAUGUUCGCAUACCAUUGGAUAUGCAAGUAGGAAGGCCAUUGAGUGGUUUUGUUCAGCGCCUCACAGGAAAGCAAGGUCGAUUUCGGCAGAACUUAGCUGGGAAGCGUGUUGAGUUUACUGGAAGGACUGUUAUAUCACCAGACCCUAAUCUUAAGAUUACUGAGGUAGCAAUUCCGAUCCAUAUGGCUCGGAUCUUAACUUAUCCUGAACGUGUUACUCAUCACAAUAUUGAGAAGUUGAGGCAAUGUGUCAAUAAUGGAUCUUACAAAUACCCCGGUGCAAGGAUGGUCACAUAUCCAGAUGGCUCAUCAAAGAUGUUGACAGGUAAUUACAGAAAACGCAUUGCUGAGGAACUAAAAUCUGGUUGCAUAGUUCACCGUCAUUUGGAAGAUGGGGACGUGGUUCUCUUUAACAGACAACCAAGCUUGCAUCGGAUGUCUAUCAUGUGCCAUAGGGCAAGAAUUAUGCCUUGGAGAACAUUGAGAUUUAAUGAAUCUGUUUGCAACCCUUAUAAUGCUGAUUUUGAUGGUGAUGAAAUGAAUAUGCAUGUCCCGCAAACAGAAGAGGCUCGGACAGAGGCCUUUUUGCUGAUGGGGGUUCAAAACAAUUUGUGUACACCGAAAAAUGGAGAGAUCUUGGUGGCCUCAACCCAAGAUUUUUUAACAUCUUCCUUUCUCAUUACAAGGAAGGACACUUUUUAUGACCGUGCAGCUUUCUCCCUUAUGUGUUCUUACAUGAAUGAUGGCAUGGAUCUUGUUGAUUUGCCAACACCUUCAGUACUUAAGCCAAUAGAGCUUUGGACUGGGAAACAAUUGUUUAGUGUUCUAUUGCGGCCGCAUGCUAAUGUGAGAGUAUAUAUAAAUCUUAUUCUUAAGGAGAAAAACUAUUCAAGACCCAACAAGGAACACAAAAAAGAGCGAGAAACAAUGUGUCCUAAUGAUGGUUAUGUUUACUUCCGUAACAGCGAGUUAAUUUCUGGACAACUUGGGAAGGCUACUCUAGGUAAUGGCAACAAGGAUGGUCUCUAUUCUAUUCUUCUUAGAGACUACAAUGCAUAUGCUGCUGCUACUUGCAUGAAUCGACUAGCUAAAUUGAGUGCUCGCUGGAUAGGAAAUCAUGGCUUCUCAAUUGGGAUUGAUGAUGUCCAACCAGGAAAAAAAUUGAUCGAUGAGAAAGGGAAAACAAUUUCAAAUGGUUAUCGACAUUGCAAUAAACUGAUAGCUGAUUACAAUGGAGGAAGGCUUGCGCUUAAAUCUGGUUGUGAUGCAACUCAAACACUGGAAACUGAAAUAACUGAGAGAUUAAAUAAGCUUCGAGAGGAAGCUGGGGAUGUAUGCAUGAAAGAAUUGCAUUGGAGAAACAGUCCAUUGAUUAUGUCACAGUGUGGAUCCAAGGGUUCCCCUAUCAAUAUUAGCCAGAUGAUUGCAUGUGUUGGUCAGCAAUCAGUUGGAGGUUCCCGUGCUCCUGAUGGAUUCAUAGAUCGAAGUCUCCCUCAUUUCCCUAGGAAAUCCAAGACCCCUGCUGCUAAAGGCUUUGUGGCUAAUUCCUUUUAUAGUGGUUUGUCGGCAACUGAGUUUUUCUUCCAUACCAUGGGUGGGAGAGAAGGUCUGGUGGAUACUGCGGUGAAAACAGCUGACACUGGAUACAUGGCUCGUAGACUGAGCAAAGGACUGGAAGACUUGUGUGUUCAAUAUGAUAACACAGUGCAAGAUGCAGGUGGAGGUAUAGUUCAAUUUCUUUAUGGAGAUGAUGGCUUGGAUCCUGCUAUAAUGGAAGGAAAAGCAGGGGUUCCUUUGAAUUUUGAUAGAUUGUUCAUGAAAGUUAAGGCAACCUGUGGUGCUGAAGAAGAUGAGUACCUUUCCCCUUCAGAUAUCUCAAACAUUGUACAAAGUUUGCUACUAAAGCAUAAUGGGACUCUUGAUGGAAUUUGUUCUGAAUCCUUCAGAAAAAGUCUUAGUUCUUUUCUUGGGGAUCAAGCUAAGAGACUGGAAUGCUUGAUGAAAUUGGUUGAUGGUGUUGAGGUAGAGAAUUUUGAGAAUAUAAAAAAUGUUGAAGGGCUCACAGGAAUUUCUAAGAAUACAGAAAAGAUUGCUCAGAAGGUCUCUGGUAUUACUGAAAAGCAGUUGGAGGUUUUUCUGAAAACCUGCCUUGAUCGUUAUGUCUGGAAAAGAAUUGAACCUGGAACUGCAAUUGGAGCAAUUGGAGCUCAAAGUAUCGGAGAACCAGGAACGCAAAUGACAUUAAAGACCUUUCACUUUGCUGGAGUUGCAAGCAUGAAUAUAACACAGGGAGUUCCUCGUAUUAAAGAAAUAAUAAAUGGUGCCAAAAGGAUCAGCACACCUAUCAUUACAGUAGAACUUGAGCAUAAUAGUAAUGUAAAUGCUGCUCGAAUCAUAAAGGGCCGCAUCCAGAAAACUGUUCUAGGCCAGGUCGCGAAAAGUAUAAAAAUUGUAAUGACUUCAAGAUCAGCAUCAGUAAAGGUUACACUUGACAUGAAAACAAUUCGUGAGGCACAGUUAUCCUUGGAUGCUAACAUUGUGAGAGAAUUGAUUUUAGAAACUCCAAAGAUUAAGCGGAAGCUGCAGCGUAUUAAUGUUUUAGAAGAUGGAAAGUUGGAAGUUUUUCCAGGUGGUGACAGAAACAAACUUCAUUUUGAACUCCAUUCUCUUAAAAAUAUGCUUCCAGCAGUUGUAGUAAAGGGCAUAAAAACAGUUGAACGUGUUGUUAUUGCCCAGAAGAAGCUUGAUGAUGCAGAGAAUGAUCAAGGUGGCCCGAAAUACAACAUGUUUGUAGAAGGCAUGGGUCUUCAAGCUGUUAUGGGGACUGAGGGUGUUGAUGGUCGGAAAACAAAAAGUAAUCAUAUCAUUGAAGUCCAGGAAACUCUUGGAAUUGAGGCUGCCAGAAAGUGCAUCAUUGAUGAGAUAAAAGGGACCAUGGAAAGUCAUGGAAUGAGCAUAGACAUUCGUCAUAUGAUGCUUUUAGCAGAUGUGAUGACUUCCAGGGGUGUUGUUCUUGGAAUCACAAGAUUUGGUAUUCAAAAGAUGGACAAAAGUGUGUUGAUGUUGGCUUCAUUUGAAAAAACAUCAGAUCACCUCUUUAAUGCUUCUGUAAAAGGAAAGGAUGAUAAAAUUGAGGGAGUAAGUGAAUGCAUCAUAAUGGGCAUCCCAGUUGCAAUAGGCACCGGUGUACUCAAAAUUCAGCAAAGAGUUGAUCCACUUCCGAUGUUGGAUUAUGGAUUAGAUCCUAUCAUCUCUUGAAAGUCAUCAACAUGUUUAUGGAGUUAUAUAUGCUUGCAAAUUUUCCAGUAGACUUGGUGCACAUGCCUCACUGUCACUUCUUGAAGGUUAGAGAUGUGCAUGGAAACUUCACUGUGAAUUGUUGGCUCACUUUUGUUUUAAACCGCAGGAUGAACUUCUAAAAGAUGGUAUUGAAACCAAACAUCCUCGACCCCUCUACCAUCUUUUGUUGGAUUCUUAACAUGUAUAUAUACAUACAAACACAUUUAUUUUCUGUUCAGUUUGGUUUUUACUUGAAAAAAAUAACCAAACUGAAUUAAAAAAAAAAAAUUCAAGAUCAAAACCAAAUCAAAACCAGUUUAAACUGAUAAUUUUCGGUUCGGUUUGAUUUGGUUCCUUGAUGUGAAAACCAGAAAAACAUGAUUCUCUUUUUGGGUUUAAACGCCAUUAAUUAAUGUAAAAAACAUGUUCUAAUU